GUGAGGGAUGAUUCAGUGGCUGACAGGAAGCCCGUCACCCCCCCUGCUGCCCGUCAGUGUCUCUGGCAUUGGCGUCAGCUCAGGCAGGUGUCUGGGCUCAGGAUGGGGUGGCUGCAGUGAGAAGCCCUGACUCUCAGGAAGGCUGCUGGGAGCAGACAUGAGCACAGAGCUGGAGCUGCUGUGGACGGCGGUGCUGCUGCUGCUGCUGCUGGGGGUGGCAGCCAGCCUGUGUGUGCGGUGCUCCCGUCCAGGACCUUGCUACCCUGGGCGUGUCCUUGCAGGUAUGAAGAAGCCCGAGAAAAUCUACGAGCAGAGAAGCCUACAAGAGAAUCAACAGAGCUUUGCAGUAACUCGGACCUAUUCCUUGGCCAGGCAGGCAUGGCCAGGCUCCGCGCUGGACUCAGCCCCUGAUUCAGCACAAACCAGGAAGGACAAGCUGCUGCAAUUCUCCCCCGGCGUCGAGGGGUCUGCAUCCCCCAGGUACCAGAACUUCAGCAAAGGAAGCAGGCAAGAAUCAGAUGCUGCCUACAUAGACCCCAUCACUGUGGACUAUUACAACUGGGAGCCAUUCCAGAAGCCCCUGGAAGAGGAGGACGACUCCUGUUCCUACCAGAACGUGCUCAUCUGCAGGCCAGGAAGUGCCACUGAGCCAGGUGAGACGACAGCUCUGAGGAUUACCAGAACUCAGCGUCCAUCCAGCAGUGGCAGGAGUCCAGGAGGGCUGUGGAGCUUGCCUGGAGAGAAGCACCUCCUUCCCCGUCAGGAAGCAGUGAGCCGGAUUAUGUGAAUGGGGUCAUGGCCGCCGGGGACACCUAGCAGACGCACAGGAAGGAGCCACGGCCAAGAGCAAAGGACAAUGCAGAGCUCACAGGACUGCCUGCUGCCUCUCGAGGAUCACCUUCCCACAACUGCUCAGGUUUAGACACCCAGCCGCAUCGCUCUGGAAGGGGCGCCGUCUGGCCGUGGGCAGCACCCCUGACCUGGGCGUCCCCGGGCAGGGCUGGAGCGGCGCGGAGGGAAAUGCGGUUUCCGCUGUGAUCUGAUGCCAGGAGGGCAAGCAGCGUCGGCCAUCCCUACCUAAGACAUCCUACAACGCUGGUAUUCCUGUCCUUUUUUGCUUUGGAUUUGGAUCCCAAGUUGAUCGUUGAUACCGGUUGCUGGCACUUCCUAGUGGCCGAUAAGCUUGUACAGUAACUUAUGCAGGUGGGGUCGUAUUUCAUACCCUACACUUAAGGUCAGAGAUUUUUGUCUACUUUAUCUCUUACAAAGCAUUACACGGACUUAUUUCGGCAGAUUAAUUUGGGGGAGCCCUUUUUCUCCUUUGCCCUUUGUGGGGCCCUCUUGUCUUUACGCCUCAGAACACUCAGGAAAUGCAACUAUAAGCAUCUUUUGUUGCGCCGUGUCCCUUCAGUGGAAACAUUUCUGUGGUCAAAAUGCACAUCACAGUCCUGGGAGGCGGCGGUCGGACAGUGGCCAAGGCCCCUGGACCAGGAGGGAAUCCCCUACAGUUGCCCCAAAAUCCCCUCCGCCCCGGGCUGGCUGACUGGGCAGUAAUGUGACUGUCCCAGGGGACGGGCAGGGCCCAUGGGACCAUCCUGAGUCAGAAAAGCCAGUCAGGAAAAGAAAGUGCCUCAGCCUAAGCCUGUCAAUAAACCCCUUCAGUUUAAGGGCAGUCGUUCUCCUGUGUCUGCUUUCCUGUCUCGUGUGAAAAACCAGACUGAGAGGCGGAGAGGGGCCUGUAAAACAUUGUGGUGCUUCACAGCGGGGAGGAGAGAGAAUUUUCAGCACCCACAGCCCCAGGCUGACUCCUGUGAGGUGCAGGCAGACGUGCCUCCUCUCGUCACCAUGUUCUGACACCAGCCGCCCCGCCGACGGCACUCUCUACUCCUCUGGGUGCAAUACUUCACUGUAAUAGCCACACAGGACUCACGAUUAUGGGGUUAAUAUUAGGCUACGAUUUAGGAUCAGGAACAACUCAGGAUACAGUUCUUCAGUCAGGACAGCUUCGCAGCCACACCCACAGCAGGCCUCCCCCUGGCCCUUGGCCUCUCAGCCCUCGGCUCCUUGGGCCCCUUACGCUGACCCGGACUCUGCCCUGCUCAGGCAAGUGUUACAAAGCUCUUUUGCUCCACUGAUAAAUGCCCUGUCAGCAAACCUCCUGCCCAAAGGUGCUCAGCUCUCACUCUGUGGGCUGGGAAGCCCACGACGCCGUCUCCUGUUGGUCUCCCGGUUCUGCUGUUGCUGGUUCUCAGCCACACUUGCCAACUCUUCUUGUUGUCCUGCGCUGUCUCUGGUGUUAUACCUCUGUCUCCUGGGUCUAGGAGGUUCUCAGCACAGGGGCCCCAGGUCCAAAGAAUGUGCUCAGCUCCCAUCUCUUCUUCUCGGUGGUAAUCAGGUCCCCCCUGUCCACCUCUGGGAUGGCUCAUUUUAAGCCUGGUGGAUGGCAAAACUGACCAACCCCCUUGUUAGGGUUCCAUACAGCCUGCAUUGUCCACGCCCACAAGGGUGCCAGGUACCUUAUUUGCAUCAUUCACAAGCUAUCCAACCUCCUUGGUGGGCCACACGCACUUAUUUGCAUAGUCCUGCCCAAUCAUUUGGUGGGAGUUUUAAGACCAUGGCUAUACGGGCCAUAUAGAAUCGAUCCAUCACACCGCAGGCCUUUUAAGGUAAUCCAGGUCAAGCCUCCUGUUUAACAAAAGGGACCUGAAGCCCAGAGGUAGGGCUGGGACAGCAACCUGGUCCCCAAGCCUAGCACCCUUCCAGGAUGCCCCACCAAAUCUUUCCAUGAGAGGUUAAUGCCACAAGUUCAAAAAUGCAAAAAGAAAAAAACCCAUCCAGAACACAACUGUUGGCCACUGGUCACUUCACACACUUAAGUCCUAACCCCACAAGCUCAGAGGUAAGAGACCCUAAAGCAAGGCUAAGUGUUGGGUUGUGGUGAUUACCGCCACCAGCUCUGGAGAUAAAACCCCAGGAGUACUGGCUCUGUGGUUGCAGGCUGUUGGAUCCAAGACCCCUCUCUGGGCCUUGUAUUCUUAGAGAGAACAUCAUUCCUUCACCUCACUGGGACUGUGAGGCUCAAGAUUAAAAAAAUCGAAGACUUAGAAUUAUGUGAAAGUAUUCUGUAAAACAUUACCUUGCAAUUUUUGAGGAACUUAAUUUUUUUCCUCUUAAUUAAGACCCUAACUCAAAAUGCGAGGAAUCUUGGAGCACUUCCCGGGUCCACUUUGUGUCCCUGCUCAACAAUGCAGUCUGGGAGGUGACCGAGCCUACCCAGGAGGAAUGGCACUAAGCAGGAAUGCUAGCAGGUCCCUGUUGCUCCAAACAAAGCUGGGGCUGGGAGUGGAAGGGACAAGAGGGAAGCAGGUGGCCGGCCCGGCUGCCCCGGCACUACCCGCAGAGGAGGGCGUGCGGCCAUACCUCCGGAAGCCCACAGGGCGGGGGACACCAGCAUGACACACGAGUGUGCUGCCAAUCAAAGCUUUAGACAUGAGGCCACCAGUCAUGGAAGGCAUGUCACCUCCCUCCCCUUAAAAGCAUCAUUUUAAAAUGACCUGGGAGCUGGACUGGGUGGUGGGAAUACACAGGAAAACAAGGGGGUCACAUGCUGAUGAAGCUGCUGCAGGUGAAUGAUGAAGACUGACGGGCUCGCCAUAUCUGCUUCUACGUAGAAGGUGGUGGGUCUUCCCUUCCGUGGGGGAGACUGGGCUUCCCGGCCAGCAUUAUCGCAUGCACAGCUGCCACCCAUCUGUCUGUGGAAGUUUGGGUGCUGCUCUGAAGCUGAACAGGUUUCAGGGGAGUUUCUAGACUCAGAUGGACUGGGCAGAAAGGCCUGGCAAUCUACUUCUGAAAAUCAGCUAAUGAAAAGCCCUAUGGAUCACACAAUCUGAUCACAACCAGUCAUGGGGAUGGUGCAGGACUGGGCAGUGUUUCGUUCCAUUGUGCACGAGGCCACCAUGAGUCAGGGCUGACCGGACAACAGCUAACAACAACUUCUCUAUACACCUGAAAUUUUUCAUAAUUAAAAAAAGAAAAAAAAAAAACCUCCCCGAGAAAAGCAACUCUACGAACUAAUAUAAAA